AUGGGAGAUGGCAGUUCCACCAGAUCCAACAGCUCAAGCAGCGGCAGCGAGAAGCCAGAGUGGCUGCAACAGUACAACCUCGUCGGAAAAAUUGGCGAAGGGACUUAUGGACUCGUUUUCUUGGCAAGAACCAAGACUAUACCUAAGAGACCAAUCGCCAUCAAGAAGUUCAAGCAGUCGAAAGACGGAGACGGAGUUUCCCCAACAGCGAUCCGCGAGAUCAUGCUGCUCAGAGAGAUCUCCCACGAGAACGUCGUCAAGCUUGUGAACGUCCACAUCAACUUCGCAGACAUGUCUCUCUACCUCGCCUUCGACUACUCCGAGUACGAUCUCUACGAGAUCAUCAGACACCACAGAGACAAAGUGGGACAUUCGUUAAACCAGUACACUGUCAAGUCCUUGCUCUGGCAGCUUCUCAACGGAUUAAACUAUCUCCAUAGUAACUGGAUCAUACACAGAGACUUGAAACCUUCAAACAUCUUGGUUAUGGGUGAGGGAGAAGAAAACGGAAUAGUGAAGAUAGCUGAUUUCGGGCUUGCACGGAUAUACCAAGCUCCUCUGAAGCCUCUAUCUGAUAACGGAGUUGUGGUCACGAUAUGGUACCGUGCACCGGAGCUGCUUCUCGGGUCUAAGCACUACACGAGCGCCGUCGAUAUGUGGGCGGUCGGAUGUAUAUUCGCUGAGCUACUGACUCUCAAACCAUUGUUCCAAGGAGCAGAAGCGAAGUCGUCACAAAACCCUUUCCAGCUGGAUCAGCUCGACAAGAUUUUCAAGAUCUUAGGCCAUCCGACGAUGGAUAAAUGGCCGGCGCUCGCGAACCUUCCUCACUGGCAAUCCGAUCUCCAACACAUUCAAGCUCAUAAAUACGACAGUGUUGGUCUCCACAACGUGGUUCACCUGCCCUUCAAAAGCCCCGCUUACGAUCUCUUAUCCAAGAUGCUCGAGUACGAUCCUCUCAAACGGAUCACUGCUUCUCAGGCGCUAGAGCACGAGUACUUCAGGAUGGAUCCUAUCCCGGGAAGGAACGCGUUUGUAGCGACUCAGCCGAUGGAGAAGAACGUGAGUUACCCGACACGUCCUGUCGAUACUAACACUGAUUUCGAAGGCACGACGAGCAUCAACCCUCCUCAAGCGGUUGCAGCGGGGAAUGUUGGAGGGAACAUGGGAGGAGCUCAUGGAAUGGGGAGUAGAUCGAUGCCGAGACCAAUGGUUGCUCAUAACAUGCAGAGGAUGCAGCCUCAAGGCAUGAUGGCUUAUAAUUUCCCUGCACAGGCGGGAAUGAAUCCGAGUGUUCCGGUGCAACAGCAGCGAGGGAUGGCUCAGCCGCAUCAGCAGCAACAGCUGAGAAGGAAAGAUCCUGGAAUGGGUAUGUCCGGUUAUGCACCUCCUAACAAGACCAGACGUCUUUGA